AUGGCGACUACAAAUAACAAGCCGUGGCCAAUAUCCUCUAAAUCACGCACAAAACUGAACGCGUUUCGGUACAACGAUGAAACAACAACGCCGGAAAUCGCAAUACCCAAAGAUAGGACAGGUAACGGGCACAACGACAAGGAAAACCAACGCUCAUGGCUCAAUGGAGUGGUUGUACAAGCGCAAGCAAGCAAAGAAGAAGCGCAUGAUGUAUUGCCCCCUGCCAUGCCUCUGCUUGAACAACCAUGUUUGACCGAGGAGCCCAGGCUCUUCAAGGACUGCCCUCGAACGCCAGGCAAUCGCAUACCUUUGGAGGACUUGAUCAGCAAUGCCGAGGAUGCGUUCGAAUCCGCGCAGGCCUCCGAUGUGACCCCGGUGGAUCACGUCAUUUGGCAACAUGUCCCAGCUAGUUCAAAUCCAGAUGUAUCGUCGCAGACACCGGCACUUCGUCGGAGAAAACGUCGUCAUGGCUCGUCGCCAGUGGGAUCCCCAAGUCGAGAGAACUCGAAGAAGCCACACAAGGAGCCGCUGGGCCUUCAGUCAAUACAGGCUCUUCUUAAGACACCCCAGCAUGACCUUGCCGCUGAACUUUGGAACAAUUAUGUGGAUAAGAACAUGGUCGAAGGCACCGAGGAUCUUCCUGCACCUCGACUUGCGAACCUCCUCUCAUCAUCACCGCAAACCCCAAUCUCAGGCAGAACCAGCCGUGAUUCAUCUGUUCUCAGGCGAUCCGUCAGCUGUGUUGCCGAAUGGCCAUCAUCUCGCACGAAGCGCAGAAAGGUCAAUCGUCAGGAUCUCGACUCUGGGCGAAGCAUUUUCUCCCGCACUAGAAGCAACGUCCUAGACUCGGGCAAGGGCAAAUCGUCGCGAAUCAACUUCCUCCUCGACAGAAUUGAGAAGAGCCUUCACCCGCCAUCGCAAUCUGAAAUGGGCCCACCGAAUUCCUCUCCCUUAAGGCAGCGCAUGGAUGCGCAAAGGUGUCGCUCAUCGUCUCCAAUCUUGGACCGGCAAGGUACCGAGGGUGCUAAAUCCAUCAAUGACGCUCAUAUCCUCGAGCUUGCUGAGCACGCUACGGCUCUCGGUUGUCAAGGACUCCAAGACUCGGACUCUGAGUUUGGUGGUGACGAUCUAGAUGAAGACUUUUUGAACCUCGCCGAAAAUGCCGCAGAUCCAUUCGUUGAUACAUCCCGUCAAGAAAGGGAAUCCACGUCCUUUGGCUCAUUCUCUGGCACGAAACAAACAGCAGGAACCUCUGCCUUCGGUGAUCCUGGAGAUGCAGCCUUGACGCAGCUGAGACUAACAUCUCAGACACAUUUUACGACUAACGAAAAUGGACGUGACGACUCUGAUAAUUUUGAUGAUGAGUUCGGUGAUGAUGACUUUGGGAUCUUUGAUGACCAGCUAAAAGAUGCGCUGGUGGACUGUGAAAUGGAACCGGUCAAGGCACCAAACACUCAUGUUACUACCGGGAUUCAAUCAAUACGACAAGUCGAGCCAACUUCUUUGAACCAUGACAGCCAACCCCCAGUGGAAGGGUUGCAUGUCCUGGGCCAAGCGGCACAGUCUAGUUCUGAUGACGAAUUCGAUGAUGACUUUGAUCUUGACGCAAUUGAGCAAACCAUGGGGGCAAGUGGUAAUGGUUCAACUCAUAAUAACAUCAAGUCUCGAGAAGCCAUCAAGCGAUACCAGGUCGUGGAUACUGCACAAGGUUCGUACGUCAAUUCGAAGGGACGUACACAACCUGAACAGGUAUUAUCUGUCAAGGAUGAGAGAACAGAUGCUCGUAAGGUCAUCGUCUUGCGCGAGUCAUGGUUCGAUACACCCUGCGUCAAAGAUUCAUUUGUUCAUCUAGUUGGGGAUUUUAACGCACUCGGUCAGUGCGUGAUUGACAACUCACACAACAUGAUCAUUCUUCACCCCGACCACUUGAUCUCAGCUACUGUUGUUGCGGAUUCUGUGGACUGUCAACGACGUGCGGUCCUUCAAGAUCGAGUGAAAGUCAUCGGCCAGAUUGAACGCCCACAGGCAUUGGGAAUUAUACUCCAUGAGGUGUUCCAAGCAGCGCUCAUGGCAAAUCAGUGGGACUCUGAUUCCAUGAGAUUGCUGGUUGAAAAAGUACUCGAAAACCAUAUCGAAGAAGUUUACACAACAAACAUGCGAAUGUCUGAUGCCAUUGACGAAGUUAUGAGCAAGUUACCUCAGAUUCAGGGGUGGGCAGACGUCUUCUUGCAAACUAGUCCCAAGGCCAACUCCUUGGUCGAAGAUCGAAACGGCGCCAAGCUCAACCUUAGUAUUAACAAACUCCUUGAGGUUGAAGAGCAUGUUUGGUCGCCAAUGUAUGGACUCAAGGGCAACAUUGAUGCAACAGUGCAAGUCGCAUGUGUUGAAAAUGACACAACAAAGACUCUUGUUGUGCCACUCGAAUUGAAAACAGGAAAGCGAGACACGAACCAGGCACACAGGGCACAGACUGCCCUCUAUACCUUGUUGCUGUCUGAUCGUUAUGAUGUCGACGUGACCUUUGGCCUGCUUUACUAUCUUGAACUCUCAAAGACAUUUAGUAUUCGGGGCAUUCGACAUGAGCUUGUUCAAAUGGUUCAAGUGCGCAACCGCCUAGCAGGUUAUGUCCGUGAAAGGAUGCAACUUCCCCCCAUGCUGAAAAAGGCACAGAUGUGCAACAAAUGCUACGCUAAAACACCAUGCUUGAUUUACCACAAACUUGCAGAAGACGGCAAUGGUGACUCAAGUGCACUGGGUGACGAUUUCGAAGCCUUCACGCGACACCUGAACGAAGGUGAUCGUGACUUCUUCCGCAAGUGGGACGAUCUUUUGACUAGGGAGGAAAGCAAUCUGAUCAAGUUCAAAAGAGAACUCUGGACAUUGUUGAGUGAUGAACGUGAGUCAUUAGGCCGCUGCUUCGGAGACGUUGUCCUUGAUUCUCGCACGGUUUUUGAGGAUCAGAAUGGAAGUCGAAUCAAUCGUUUUCGGUACACCUUUCGCAAACGAAGCACGUCGCCUAGCUUUUCAUUUUCGGAGUCACAGAUAGCAGUCGGCGACCCAAUCGUUGUCUCUGAUGAAAAGGGCCAUUUUGCGCUCGCGAACGGGUACCUCACUCAUGUGCACAAUUCUCAUAUUACUGUUGCUGUUGAUCGUAGGCUGCACGAUGCCAGGGCAAAGACUGUUGGCUUCGAUCCAAUUUCUAAUCAGUCCUUCAGGGGAAUUAUGGAAGUUGGGAAAGAUGAGCUCUCGGAGCUCGCCAAUCCAGAAGAGCAGAUGACUUACCGCAUUGAUAAGGAUGAAUUUAGCAACGGCAUGGCUAUCGUUCGAAACAACCUCAUUUGCAUGAUGGAUAAAGAUCUCUAUCAGUCCAGGCACCUGAGAAGGCUCAUAAUUGCAGGUCAGCCGCCUAUCUUCCAAUCGGCUUCACCAUCAUACAACAUUCCAGAUUCGGCAAGUCUCAAUGUCGACCAAGAACAAGCCAUUGAAAAGGUGAUGAGGGCAAAAGAUUACGCACUCGUCCUCGGCAUGCCAGGCACCGGCAAGACCACAACCAUUGCACAUAUUAUUCGAACACUUGUUGCGCAAGGGAAAAGUGUUCUUCUGACAUCCUAUACGCAUACGGCUGUGGACAAUAUUUUGCUCAAAAUCCGUGACGACAACAUACCCAUUCUUCGCAUAGGUGCAGCCACGAAGAUUCAUCCUGAAGUCCAAGAAUUUGCCGACAUGGCCGCGAUACCGAAGAAGACAGUUGAGGAACUCAAGCACUCGUACGAGAACCCUCCGGUCGUGGCGACAACAUGCCUCGGAGUCAACCACAACAUUUUCAAUCAACGUAUAUUUGAUUACUGUAUAGUUGAUGAGGCUUCGCAAAUUACGCUCCCGGUUUGUCUGGGACCCAUUCGCAUGGCAAGGACCUUCAUUCUUGUGGGUGAUCAUUACCAACUCCCGCCGUUGGUGCAGAACAAGGCUGCUCAGGAAGGAGGCCUAGAUGUCAGCCUAUUCAAAUUACUCUCAGACGCACAGCCUGAUUCCGUUGUCAACCUGGAGCAUCAAUACCGCAUGUGUGAAGAUAUCAUGCUGCUUUCAAAUGUCCUGAUCUAUUCAGGAAGAUUGAAAUGCGGAACUGCGGAGGUCGCAGGUCGAUCGUUGGAGAUUCCGAACAUUCAUGCGUUGGCACAAUUUCACACUGAUAACCUCGUGCCUACUCAAGCAAAACGGGAGAUUUGUCUCGGAAAAGGACAUGGGCGCUGCUGGCUCAAUGACUUGCUUGCGCCCUCCGCGAAAACCCUCCUUGUGAAUACUGAUACCCUGGGAGCAGCAAGUCUCGAGACAGCUCAAGGACAACGGGUUGUGAACCAUGUUGAAGCCGUGUUGUGCACACAGCUCGUUGAGGCUCUCAUUGCUUGCGGCAUCUCAGCCAGAGACAUUGGUGUCAUCACUUUCUAUCGGAGUCAACUUUCUCUCUUACGCCAAAGCCUUCGUCGCUAUGCGCCAGAACUUGAGAUGCAUACAACCGACAAGUUUCAAGGACGCGAUAAGGAAGUCAUCAUUCUCAGCUGCGUGCGCAGCAAUAGCGAAAACCACGUUGGAGAACUUCUACGCGACUGGAGGCGAGUCAACGUUGCAUUUACCCGUGCCCGGACCAAGUUGCUUGUACUGGGUAGCAAAUCGACUCUGCGCGACGGCAACGAACUUCUUGGCAAGUACGUCAAGCUGGUAGAAGGUGAGGGCUGGAUCUAUGAUCUUCCCUUCAGCGCAGUGGAAAGUCACACUUUCUCCACUCCUGCAUUCGACUCUACGCAAAUGUCUUUUGCUUCUCCCAGGGCGACGAGAAGCCCAACCUCGUCUAAGAAAGGCCCAGGCUCGUCCGUGAAAAAGAAACCCGAGAUGCGGGAUGUCCUCAGCCCGUCAAGAUCCCGCAGCCUAAAACAACCUGCAAAGCGAGGCGCGAAACUGUUCAACGGUACCUCUGUGGUGGGAAACAGACCCAUCCUCCAAGACAUCGUAAAUGACAUUGCUGGGUAA